UCGACGUACGAUUACAAGAGUUUCCUUAUUUUUGGCCCAACAAGUCCUCUCGAUCCUCUCUUGACCAAAACCUAGCACGACGCUCCUUCUUCCACCAUUGCUCCUCGAUUCCUUGUCUCCGUCGACCUCGUGCCUUCCUCUCAGCACGAGCCGACAUGACAACGGGGAAGUCGACCAAAUCCGCCGCCAAGCCCAAGGGCAGCAAGUUGGCGGUGAAGAAAAGGUUGUCAGUGAAGAUCAAUGAGGCGGACAAGUGGAAGCCUAGAACUGAUUCCAUGAAGGAGAGGAAGAAACCCGCGCCGCAGCUCGCGAGCACGGCAUCCUGGCUUGGCGCCUUGGCCCUCUUCCAGCGAGACUACCUCAAGGAGUUCAGGGAGAAGAAUCCCAAAGACAAGUCCUCUCGUGAUACCGUCUUUCGGAAAGCCUCCAAAGUGUGGAGUUCCUUGAGCAAUUCGGACAAGGCUCCCUAUGAAGCCAGGUCCCUUGCGGCAGCUUUACAGUACAGGAAGGACGUCGCAAAAACUGCUUUCUACAGAAAGACAUGGGACUUAAAACUCAAGAUGGAGGUGGAGAUGGACAAGAUGAGCCUGUGAACGUAAAAGACUUGCUAAUUUAGAAUCUUAUUUAUUCUGGGUCUAUCAUUUGUUUGGUUACUAAACUGACAAGAAUAAGAUGAUGUAAGUUCUCUUGGUUCUUUGUUUGAAAAUUGUAUUGCAUGCAUCCGAUUAAUACAUUUCCAUGAUC